UAAGUAUUUCCUUUUCCGGACGCUUCUACCGUCUCAGAAAUCAUAACUUGACUGCAAAGACAAACAUCAAUACAACGGAGAAAUAAACAGCUGAAGUGAAAAUCAAUGGCGAAUUCAUCUUCUUCACCAUCAUCUUCUACAACCUUGUUGUCGGCUAUGGCGGCAACAUCCGAUAAAGAUAAAGAAGAUAUACUCGAAAGAAUGCUUACUAACUUAGCUUUCUGCGAUGACUCCAAGCUCGAUAUCUUACUCGCCAAGCUUCUUCCUCGCGCUAUCGCUGCUCUCUCUUCUCAGUCUACUUCAAUUCGAAACAAGGUACUUGAAAUUUUAAGUCAUAUAAAUAAGCGCGUGAAGCAUGAGCCAGGAAUUGGCUUGCCAUUAUCCGAAUUAUGGAGUAUGUAUACAGAAGCAACCGCUGCUGCAAUGGUCCGGAAUUUUUGCAUCAUUUACAUUGAGAUGGCAUUUGAGCGCUCAGAGAUAGAGGUCCAGAAAAGUAUGGCUCCCAAAUUUUUGGUAGACAUUUCGAAGCUUCCUCCUCAGCAUCAAGCAAUAAUUCUUAGAGCAUGUGUAAAGGUCAUUGGUGACGCUCAUUCUCGCAAAUUUGACGAUGAAAUUGCUGCAAAGUAUAGACUGAUGAGAGGUUCUCAGGACUGUGAAAUAUUUGUUGAAUUUUGCCUGCAAACAGUUUUGUACCAACCAUCUCAAAGUGGCAGAUGUCCAGCUGGUCUUUCUAUAUCUCAGGCAGAACGUGUCACUGGAAAGCAACCACUAAAGAAUGAGAUUCUUCUAAGUAGGAAGUUGGGGAUAUUGAAUGUCAUUGAAUCCAUGGACCUUUCAGCAGAAGCUGUUUACCCCAUAUAUCUAGCAGCCUGUGCAGAUAGUCAAGAGCCUGUUGCUAAGAGAGGGGAGGAACUCUUGAAGAAGAAGGGUUCUGUCGCUGAUUUAGAUAAUCCAAUUCUUAUCAGAAAGUUGUUUUUACUGUUCAAUGGAAAUGCUGCUGCUGAUAAUAUUGCUCCAGAGAACAAAAUUGUACCAGCAAAUCAUCCUUUGAGGACUAGGCUGAUGUCUGUGUUUUGUCGGUCGAUUGCAGCAGCAAACAGUUUCCCUUCAACUUUGCAGUGUAUUUUCGCCUGUAUAUAUGGAAGCGGCAACACACCAAAAAUAAAGCAGUCAGGAAUGGAAUUUGCUUUCUGGGUUCUUAAACAUGCAAGGAUGGAUCAAUUGAAGCUGACGGGACCACUCAUUUUGACUGGAAUCCUGAAGUCUCUUGACGGGGAAAAUAAUAGUGAAUCAGAUGCUAUAUCUAGGGAGACAAGAACAUUUGCUUAUCAAGCAAUUGGAAUUCUUGCGCAGCGUAUGCCUCAGCUUUUCAGGGAUAAGAUAGACAUGGCUGUUCGUCUUUUUGGUGCUUUGAAGUCUGAGUCUCAGUUUCUUCGAUUAGUUAUCCAAGAGGCUGCAAGCUCCCUUGCCACUGCCUAUAAGGGGGCACCGUCAAGUAUAUUAAAGGAUUUGGAGCAACUCUUGCUUGAUAACUCCCAAGUGGACAAGAGUGAGGUGCGAUUUUCUGCUGUGAGGUGGGCGACAUCAUUGUUUGAUUUGCAGCACUGUCCUAGCCGGUUUUUAUGUAUGGUUGCAGCAGCUGACCCUAAGCUUGAUAUAAGGGAAAUGGCAAUUCAAGGCUUGUUCCCAGAUGAAGGAAGAUCCAUUGGCCAGAAGAUAGAUCUUAAAUAUCCCAGAGUUAGAGCCAUGUUGGAUUGUAUCAUCAAGCACCAACCAAAAGUGGUAGAGGGUGCACAAAUGGAAAUGAGGGAACAACUCCUUUUUCCCUCCAAGACAUAUGAUGCAAUGAUUAAAUUUCUUUUGAAGUGCUUUGAGUCUGAUAUGCUGCAAGAUGGCUCUAAAACUGCUGAAUUCCAGUCGACUGUGGAACUUUUGUGCUUACUUGUUGAACAUGCUAUGGAUGUUGAAGGUUCUACUGAGUUGCAUGCUAAUGCUUCCAAGGCUUUGAUUGAAAUUGCAACAUACUUUCCACAGAUGUUGGCGUCACGCUAUGCCUCAAAAUUUGAUUGGUUAAAGCAACUACUGGGACAUCUAGACUUUGAUACGCGUGAAUCUGCAGCACGUCUGCUUGGUAUAGCUUCUUCAGCUUGUCCUGUUGCUGCAUCAUCUUCUCUGGUCGGUGAAUUGGCUACUGCUAUUAGUGGAACACCAAAAAUGAGAUUUGAAAUGCAGCAUGGUGCACUGUGUGCAAUAGGGUUUGUCACGGCUGAUUGUCUAUCAAGGGCAGCUGAGGUGCCAGAGGUGGUUCUUCAGAAUACAAUCAAAACCCUGGUUGAUGUUGUGAACUUAGAAUCUGCAGCAUUGGCUUCCAUUGCAAUGCAGGCACUUGGACAUAUUGGUCUGCGUGUUGCAUUACCAUCACUUGUUUAUGAUUCUGGUCCAGCUUCUGUCCUGAUUGUUCUGCGGGAAAAGCUGAGCAAACUUCUUGCUGGAGAUGAUACAAAAGCAAUAAAGAAGAUUGCUGUUUCUCUGGGGCAUAUAUGUAUGAAGGAAGUCUCACCAUCUUGUCUUAAUGUUGCCCUAGAACUAAUUUUUGGUCUUUGUCGGUCGAAGGUCGAGGAUGUUCUAUUUGCUGCUGGGGAGGCUCUUGCAUUUUCUUGGGGUGCCGUUCCUGUGAAUGCUGAUGUUAUCUUGAAGACCAACUAUACCUCACUCUCUAUGACCUCUAACUUUCUUUUGGAAGACGUGUCGUCUUCUUGGUUGAAAAAAAAUUACAGCCAAGAAAAUGAAUUCAACAAAGAUGGUCAAGAUAUGGUCAGGGAUGCAAUCACCAAAAAAAUAUUUGAUAAUCUCUUAUACAGCAGCAGGAAAGAGGAGCGCUGUGCUGGCACUGUCUGGCUGCUAUCUUUAACCAUGUAUUGCGGUCGUCAUCCUACCAUUCAGAAAUUGCUUCCUGACAUCCAGGAAGCCUUCUCACACUUACUGGGAGAGCAAAAUGAACUUACUCAGGAGUUAGCAUCACAAGGAAUGAGUCUUGUUUAUGAACUAGGUGAUGAUUCGAUGAAGAAGAACUUAGUGAAUGCACUUGUUGGCACUUUGACUGGUUCAGGGAAGAGAAAGAGAGCUGUCAAGUUGGUAGAGGAUUCGGAAGUCUUUCAAGAGGGAACUAUCGGUGAUAGUCCCAGUGGGGGAAAACUGAGCACAUAUAAGGAGCUGUGUAACAUGGCAAACGAGAUGGGCCAGCCAGACCUAAUAUAUAAGUUCAUGGACCUCGCUAAUUAUCAGGCAGCUUUAAAUUCUAAGAGGGGAGCUGCCUUUGGUUUUUCAAGGAUAGCAAAACAUGCUGGGGAUGUUCUUCAACCCCAUCUUCGUUUAUUGAUUCCAAGGCUGGUACGCUAUCAGUAUGAUCCUGAUAAGAAUGUUCAGGAUGCUAUGGCACACAUAUGGAAGUCACUUGUGGCUGAUUCGAAGAAAACAAUCGAUGAAUAUUUUGAUCCUAUUGUAGAUGAUUUAUUGACGCAGUGUGGAUCUAGGCUUUGGCGUUCUCGCGAGUCUUCAUGUCACGCACUAGCAGAUAUCAUUCAGGGACGCAGGUUUGAACAUGUUGGGAAGCAUUUAAAGAGGAUCUGGAUGGCUGCAUUCCGUGCUAUGGAUGAUAUAAAGGAGACUGUUAGGAAUUCUGGUGAUAAGUUAUGUCGUGCUGUCAGUUCCCUCACUAUAAGGCUUUGUGAUGUUUCACUCACUGAUAAAUCAGAAAGUAGCCAAGCUAUGGAUAUUGUCCUUCCCCUUCUGUUAUCAGAAGGGAUUAUGAGUAAAGUGGAUAGCAUACGCAAGGCAUCUAUUGGUGUGGUCAUGAAGCUUGCAAAGGGUGCAGGAAUUGCAAUACGUCCUCAUUUGGCAGAUUUAGUGACUUGCAUGCUGGAGAGUUUGUCAAGCCUGGAAGAUCAAGGACUCAAUUAUGUAGAGUUGCAUGCAGCAAACAUCGGAUUACAGAAAGAUAAGCUUGAAAAUUUGCGGAUUUCUGCUGCAAAAGGCUCUGCAAUGUGGGAAACACUUGAGCUAUGCAUUGACGUAGUAGAUAAUUCCUCAUUAGAUCUCUUGGUUCCUCGACUUGCUCAGCUGAUUAGAUCUGGAGUUGGCCUCAACACGAGGGUCGGAGUAGCAUCUUUUAUUACUUUACUGGUGCAAAGAGUCAAUCUUGAAAUUAAACCCUUCACAGGAAUGUUGUUGAGGCUUUUGUUCCCUGUUGUCAAUGAGGAAAAAAGCGCUUCUGCAAAGCGUGCAUUCGCCAGUGCGUUUGCAAUGGUGCUGAAGUAUUCAACUCCUUCUCAGGCUGAAAAAACAAUUGAUGAUGUGGCUGCAUUACAUGCUGGUGACAGGAAUGCUCAGGUUUCCUGUGCAGUUUUGUUAAAAAGCUGCACGUCCUUGGCUGCUGAUGUCAUGAGUGGUUAUCAUGUGACAAUAUUACCCGUGGUUUUCAUUUCAAGAUUUGAGGAUGACAAGCAUGUUUCUGGUCUAUUUGAAGAGGUGUGGGAAGAAAAUACAAGUGGUGAUAAUGUCACUCUUCAACUGUAUCUGGGAGAGAUGGUCUCACUUAUCACAGAUAGCAUCACUUCAUCAUCUUGGAGUUCCAAACGAAAGGCAGCACAGGCAAUUACUAAACUUAGUGAGACGUUGCGUGAAUCACUGUCCACUUACUGUCAAGUUCUGCUGAACUCGUUGCUGAAGGAGAUCCCUGGUCGAUUGUGGGAGGGAAAGGAUGCUCUUUUACAUGCAUUAGCUUCCCUUUGCUCAUCUUGCCACAAUGCUAUUUCCUCUGCUGAUCCGUCAGCUGUCAAUGCUAUCUUAAGUGAGGUUACCACCGCAUGCACAAAAAAGCAGAAGAAAUUUCAAGAAGCAGCUCUAUGCGCUUUGGAGCAGGUUAUCAAGGCUUUCAAUUCACCGGAGUUCUUUAAUGAAGUUUUUCCGUUGUUAUGCGAGAUGUUUCAUCCAGCUGCAGGAGCCAAAUCUAUGCAAGAACCAUCAGGAAGUGCUUCUCUGAAAACAGGUUCUGACAAGGAAGAAGAUAAUUAUGUGCCGCGUAGUAAGAUUUUAGAUUGCACUGCAUCUUGCAUAAAUGUUGCUCCCUUGAAUGAUGUUCUUCAACAGAAGCAAAACUUGAUGUUGCUGUUAUCCCAUGCCUUGUCACCUGCACUGACAUGGACAGUCAAAGUUUCAGCAUUUUCAACCAUAAAGGAACUCUGUUCAAAGUUGAAAGCUACAGCAGCUGGCUCGCAAGAAGACCCUUUACUUGCUGGUGUAGCGACAUUAAUCAAUGAGCUAUUCACCACUGUAUCUGGAAAAAUUGUGGAUUGUAUUAGCACUGUAAAGAUAGCACAGGUACAUGUUGCUGCUGCAGAGUGCUUGCUGCAAGUGAUCGAACUCCAUGGAUCUACUCAACCAACAUCUGGUGUAGAUAAAGGAUUCAAGGAAACUGUAGCUCAUUUGUGUGAAACUGAAAAAAAUGAACAGGCGAAAUCGUUAUUAAAGAACUGUACCACCAUCCUUGAAAGCUUGUAGUGCAUUUUAAGACAACUAACAAAAUUUUGAUUGAUAAGGCAUAAAUUUACUGCAUCAACAAAGUUAUCGCGAGAUAUCGUUUGAUACUUUGAUUUGUUCUAAAAGGAAUACGUAGAUGACAAGCCACUGCCUAGAUAAGUAUGUAUCCAUAAUUAUAGUAGUUGAGUACAUCUUGUCAUAAUUUCUUUCACACCAGAUGCUAUGAGUUGAUGAGCAGAAUUUGGGAAAAAUGUGAAUUUGCUAUGAGCCACUGUGUGGAUUGGAAUACUGUGUCAUAUUUGUAGCUGGAUGUGGUUAGUUGGUUAUGACGUAUAUGCUAGAUUCACGCAGCUGGCCAAGCAUUUCUUGGUUUAGUGGCAAAUGUUUGUCAUUCAUAAUUUUAAGGUUGUAUGAUCCAACUUUACUAGAGGUAUUUUUGAAUGGAAGAUUUUCCUUUACGCCUUCA